CAACUCGGCGUUUGGGGGGAAAAAUAAAUAAACCCGGGGGGGAGUGGAAGGGGGAGAGAGGGCAUCGUGAGAACAGGAGAGUCCGGGGAGCCGGGCCUGGGAUAAGGAGGCCUUUCGGGUGGCGCUGGCCCCGGGGAUCGUAGCGGGAGGAUGCCCGGCUUCACCUGCUGCGUGCCCGGCUGCUACAACAACUCGCACCGGGACCGGGAGCUCCGCUUCUACACUUUCCCCAAGGACGAGGAGCAGCGCCGGCUCUGGCUGCAGAACAUCUCCCGCACCGGGGUAACGGGUUGCUUCAGCACUUUCUACCCCACCACCGGGCACCGGGUGUGCAGCGCCCACUUCCCCGGCGGCAGGAAGACCUACUCGGUCAACGUGCCCACCAUCUUCCCGCUCCGAGGGGUCAAUGAGAGGAAGAUCAGGCGCUCCCGCAAGAAGCCCCCGGCCGCCGCCGCCGCCGCCGGCCCCGAGGACGUCAAACCCAUCGACCUGUCGGGACCCUACUUCUUCUCCUCCUCGUCCUCGUCCUCCUCGCCCUCCCUCCCGGCAGCCGCCGCUGCCGCUGCCACCACCAUCCCUCGUCCUGAGGCUCCCGAGUGCCUGGAUCACUCCUACUCGCUCUCCUCCACCACCACCUCCGAGGAGCUGCUCAGGAAGCUGAACGAGCAGAAGGACAUUAUCGCCCUGAUGGAGGUGAAGAUCAAGGAGAUGAAAGGCACCAUCCGGCAGCUGAAGGUCAGCGAGGCCAUCCUGCGGGAGGAGCUGAGGAACAAGGAGAAAUUACUGUCCAUGUCGGUCAUCAGGAAGAAACACGGCAUGUGACGGCUUGUAUUUUUUAUAUAUAUAUUACACGGACACUUUGCAGCUACCCGACCUAAGGCGGGAGAGAAUUUAAAACAAAAGGAAUAAACAAACAAAAACAAGGAUCAUGUCCCGUCAUGGCACGGGAUAUUAGGACGUGUGAAAUUUGAGAUGUGAUAAAAUAGUGUGACACCUCUUGCUUAAUCUGUGUGUGUGCGCGCGUCCCAGACGAUAUGCAUCCGUGGUUGUCGGUUAUUUCACACGACAGAACAGGCUUGAGGUGCAUUCUGCAUGUUGCAGUACUAACAUUAACAUUAGGAGUAGUGAAGCAACAAGAUACCGAACAGAUUCAUUUUUCACCCAAGUAUCAGUCUCAUAUGACUUCACAUAAGGAAACCAACUAUAUCUCAACAAUGACGCGCGAUCAUUUCCUAUCGAAUAUAUAUAUGUUAUGAAUCAAUGUUUUUGUUUCAUUCUAAUGAUGCUAUCAAUUUAGUAGCUCCACAUGAUUUUGUAUAUUGCCCUCCAUAAAGUUCCUGUAUAACAGUAACCAUAAAAGUAUAACAAAUACUUUGUAAAUUGGUUUAAUAAGAUUUUUACUUUUUUGAAAUUUUAGUGUUUUUGAUAGGAUUGCGAGACUAUAAACAUUGAACAAGCAAAGAGAUAGAACAAUACUUAAAUACUCACAAAUAGAUGGGUUAGACUGGUGUUGGUUUUUCCCUUCCUAAACCUCUCCAUCUGACUUUCCUCCUUAAAACACAACUCUGACAAAGCUUUAAGUCACCCCUUCUAAGAUAUUUGGCUGUGUCCAAAUGCCUAUUACAUCUCUUAUAAAGUGCUUUGGGACAUUUUCUAGAUCAAUAAUUCUGUAGUUUGAUCUAGAUCUGCUCAUGAUUUUAUAAUGCAUGGAACUCAUCAGUCAUUUACUGUUUAAAACAUUUUAAAUUAAAGUUCACUAAAACACAAUGCUAAUAGUUAAAAUAUUUGAUUUUUGAAAGAAAGAUGGAAGACCCAUUUAUAAUGUAAUCACUACAGAAAGCUUUCAUGGAAUUCAUGAAAAUGUAUCAGGUUUAUUGAAGCAGGGCAAGUAAUGCCACCAUUGUGUUGAUGCCCAUCUGAUAUGUUGAAAUAAGCAUCAGAACAAUUCUGGACCUACAAUGCUGGAUCUUAAAUGAGUGUCAAAUGCUAUUAUAGUGCAUUAUUUAAUAUGCAUAGAACUUUUCAGGGUACAAUUAAAGAAUUAUUGUAAAAUUAUAAAGAAUGAUUUCAAUAGCCCUACACUGUAUGUAGAAUAGCUGGUGAGCACAAAACUUGAUUCUUAGUGAUAUUUCAGGUAACAAGCCUGAAACAAAGUUCAAACAGUUUAUCACUAUCUUCUGGUCCCUGCAAUUAUAUUAGACACAAAAUAGUGAUGGAGAGGAAAGUUUUUAUAAAUUAUUAGUUUCAAGGUUUGAUUCAUGACUAUAGUAGUUUUCACUACAAAUAUUUGUAUUGAAAUGCAAAUACUGGAAAUUACUGACUUUUCUUUCAGAAAUAUCAGCUUUGAAGCAAUUCUGUUCAUCAAUGGUGAAUUUUGUUGGUCCCUUUCAUCCUGUUGUCCAUCAUUGCUGAUUCUGACCUUUCUUAUUUGUGAUGGUGUCAUUGCUGUUCCGAAAAAGGGCAUCUAUCUGAAAUGUCAGAAUCUGCUUUCUCUCUUCACAGAUGCAGUCUGACCUGCUUUGAUACUGAGUAUUUUCUGUUUUUAUUUCAAUGACUUAAAUCAUUGACUCCAAUGGCAGCAAUUGUUACGUGAAGAUGCUCAUACUGAAGGAUUAAUGAUUGUGACAUAAUUACUGCAGCUUUACUCUGGACUAAUCUGUAGUUGAUUACUUGGGGAUUGUAUGUUUCAUGGUGUGUCAUAUGCCGUGAAUAUAACCAUUACAAUGAGCUUCAUUAUCCUUUCACUUACAUUCUACUGCCCCAUAAUUCCCAAAGUAUUCACCAUUGGUUGUAAAAUACUUUGGGAUUUCCAUAGCACAUGUUAAGGUGCUACAUUAAUGCAAAUUCUUUCUACCAUGCCAGCAACAGUGAUAAAUUGAAUAUAUAUAAUUUUAAAUAACCAGUUGCUGCCAGUAAGUUCAAUUCAAACUGACAGUGCCUCUAAUGUUAACAAACCACUCAAGCUUUGCUGUAAUUAAGUCAUGUUCAAAUGAAAUAAAGUCUCUUAUUUCACUGUUA